UGCAGUCGUGUGGAAGUGAAAGAGAAGCCAAAAAAAUAGAAGCACCCAGCAAAGGCGGAAUAAAAGUGUUAAAUACACUUUCAUAAUUAUCAUUCAGAGUCGUGCUCCGGUCUGUUCGAAAUUUUUGGAGUUUCCGCAGUUUUCAGCACUUUUCCGACCGAGAUUUAAUGUUAUUUGGAUUGUGCAACGCGCGACUGCUGAUUAUAUAAGUCCCACAAUUGGCCAAGGUUCAAGUACUUAGGUUUAACUUUUUAGUUGAAAAGUAAGUUGGCAAGUGAGCGAGCGAAAGUCAGGUUGUGUAGAAAAGCCGGCAAAAUUCGAAUAAUAUUUUUGCACCGCCGAAAUUUUGACAGCCAGAAAGCAAACAACAAGCAAUCGGAAAAGCAACAACUAGCUAAGUGAAAAGAGCAACUGAAACUUUCGCAGGAAAAGAGCAAUAGAAAAGCGGAGAAAGAAAAUAGGAAAAGCGAAGAGCAAGAGUGCCGCCGGCAAGAGUGCGAAUUUAUAAAUAAAAACCAGCGGAAAGGAAGAGAGCCAGAAGAACCGGAGACUCUUCGGAAGAGUGCGGGUAAACAACGCGAUGCCGGAGCCACAGGGAAUUCUUUGGUCCGUGCCGGAGACAAAGGCCAAGGCGCCCAUCAUCAAGGUGUCCUGCGGCAUCGGCGACACGGACGGCUUCCCCGCCUUCGACGUCGACUCGGAUGCGUAUGCCACCAAGGACGACAGCCGGUGGGGAUUCCUCAUCACCGGCGGAGCGGAGUUCCACAUGCCGCUGACAGUCUUCCAGGUGACCCCAAACGGUCUGGCCGACAAAGCGGGCGUUCGCCUGGGCGACAUCAUACUCGAGAUUAACGAGGAGGACGCCUCGCACUUGACGCUUUCCCAGGCCCACGAGAAAAUCAACUCGACGCCGAAGAAGAUACAUUUCCUGCUGCGCAACAUGGAGGAGGACGAUCCCAUGGGCCAGUUCGAGGCCGGCGAGGAGAAGUCGAUUGUGAUGAGGGUUCCGAAGGCCUUGCCGCCGCCCAGUGGACGCAUUCGCGCCAGCUCCAUUGAGAUGCGCCUGCUGGAGAUGCAGCGAAAGCUGUCGGCCAUAGCCGAAAUACCCAAAAUCCUCUGCUCCACCUUGGCCACCGUGUCGCAGAGUUUCGGGCGGAUGAGUGAGUCCGAGCUGGACGAGGAAGGUGACGAGGACAAGGACGAGGCCUAUGUGCAGCGCAAGUUCUCCUACGACGAGGAUGUCCUUGACUUCGAGCUGAGGAAUGGGGAUCAGGCAGGUGACACCGAGAGUGAUGAGGACGAUUUGGUGCUGGUGGAGGAGGACGAGGAUGAGGACGAGGAUGAGGACGAGGAUGAGCAGGAGGCCUCCAAAGGUGGCAAGCAAUCAAAGCUGCUGAAGGAUGUGACGCCGGAAUCGGAUUAUGCAUCGGAAGCCAAUUAUCCGGCAAAUGAGGCAAGCGAUGAUGACACGGAAUCCGAGGAUGAGGAAGAUGCUGGCAGUGCAGUAUAUUUUAUAAAACUGCCAGCGGCACCAGCCGAGGAUAUUUUGUCCUCAACGGAAGAAGAGGAUGACAGCGAUUUCUUGAACACCACCUACACCUGGAAUCUGCGGAAUGUGCCCAAGCUGCGCAUUAACGAUGCCGAGGCCGAAGGCGAACUGACACUGGGACAACAGGCUGGGGAGCUGCCACAGGAGGUGCCACAGGAGGUGCCACAGGAGGUAAAACAGGAGGUGCUACAGGAGGAGCCACAGGAGGUGCUCCUGAAGGAGGAGCACCUGAGGAAGGAACACCAAAGGGAGGAGCACUUCAGGGAGGAGCAACUGAAGGAGGAGGAGGAGCCUUUUCUGGAGGUGGAGACACCAAAGGUGCGCCCAGCCACGCCAACACCACAGGCGGCGCCACAAGAUUCAGCUGAGAAACAGACGCAAAAGUUGCUCUUUAGAUUGGAUAGACUGGAGCGAUCUUGGCCCUGGGCAGACCGUGAGAAAAUCAUAUACAAGCAAUCCACAUGCCACCUGGUGCCCCGCAAGCCGCUGGGACUGGUGGGCCAACGAAUGCAGCUGUUGCUCAAGGACAACAAGGAGUGAACCCGCCGAAGGGGCGAACGGGAAGGAGUCGAACCCACGUUGAACAGUUCCUGCCAUUAGCUUAAGUCUAACCUCCGAGGAGGACGGGGUGGGUGUGAAGUGGCCAACUUUUAAUUGAGUUCAUUAUGCAAAUACAGCAGGCGACAACAGCAGCCUCAACUCCGAACAGCACUUCAAUUAAAAGCCGCACACCGGGGCGUUUGUGAAACUCUAUUCAAACCCGCUUCACACCCAGCCUUUCAUUCGGGUUAAAUUUUAAUUAAAGUGCACCCACUCGGAUGCCGAAAAAUCACUGCCAAGUCAAACGCAACCAGAGUCAAACCAAGACAAACCCCGAACCGAAACUAGAACAAACCGAACUCUCCAACUGGCACUUGCAACUGGCCAGGUUUAUGCAUUAUUUGUGACCCACAGCACCAUAAAUUCCGGCUGAAGGCCAACGCAUUGCACUUAUCCUCCGACAACAGGACGUGCGAGUCACGCAGGAUACGAAAACGAGCGAUGACGAUGCCAGAAAGUUUCCUUGAAUUUUAACCCUUUUUUUAGGUCUGUUCGUAUUUUUAGAGGAAAGCGUAGAUUUAAGACCAGCAAAGUUCCUUUUAUUAAUCCGCUAGUUGGAUAUUAAAUAAUCUUUCAGAUAAAUAACGAUCCUCUCUAAACAAAAUAUGUUUUAUAUUCUGCAAAACAAUGUAGAACUGAUUGGUAAACAAAAAUUUCAUUAAAUUUAACUAUUAAAGUAUUUCUUAUUGGUAUACUCUUAAUUUAUAUUUGCUUACCAAUUUUAUUUAAUAAACUGGCUUCCAGUAUU